UUGCAUACUGUCCUAGCAUUCAACAAUUCCUCUCGCUUUUCUUCUCACGACAGAGCAAGAAGAAUCGGUGGCUUAUGAACGCAAGCUGCGGAUGAUCCAUGACAUUAUCCAACAAGAUGCCAGCGGCUCAGGACAGCAGCCACCUGCCCAGCUUAUACCGGCUCAGUCUGGUAUGAUGUCCGAAGACAGCGAUUACACCAGUGAUGUCAACGCCCCCACAGUCAGCAAUAGCAGCCCUCGACACAGCGGUGGUACAGCCCACCAUUCCUCAGAUAGGUUAGACUCACCCUCCCACGGCUCGCCCCCUUCACGCUUCCAUGAUUUCAAUGAUGACCGCUUCCCCGGCAUGGAACAGCCUUACUAUCCCCAUGACCUCACCGAUGAAGAGCGGAUAGGACGCUUCAUAGAGGACGACGAGAGAAGACGACUCUAUCCCGAGGACCGCGACGACUUCACGGACGGCAGUGCCGACCGUUUAGACCAGGACUUCCCCGAAAGAGAAUACUACAAUGGCUAUCACCCAGGUAGCAAUAUGGAUCACAGGUACAAUGGAUCAACAGGUGAAUUCACAAACCCCGAGGACAAUUACAGCGGAGAAUACGAUUCGGAAUUUGGCCCAAACCAACGGGGCUAUUUGGAUGAUUACGAUAAGUUUCGGGAGGAAUAUCGAGAAGGACAGAGCUCUGACGAGCAGAGGUACAGACCCAUGGAGUCAUAUGAACAAGAGGAAUAUGAUAGGAAGUAUCAUCGGGAGGAUUCUCCACACGAGGUUUACAGCGAUGAGUAUGAAGGGAGGGAAAGGGAGUUUGUUCACCCCGAUCGCGAGUAUGUUGCGCCGGAUCGCGAGUAUGUUGCGCCGGAUCGUGAGUAUGUUCCGCCGGACGGUGAAUUUGAACACCCGGGUAGUGAGGAUAUCGAGUAUGACAAGGACAAAGGAGCUUAUGAUUUGCGCAAAGGUGAAGAUCUAAGGAUUGGUGAUCGUGAACCCUUACCCGGGGGAAGAGGGAGUAGUUAUGAUUUAAGAAGGGACGGAGACCUUGAGCCUUUGAGAGGCAGCAACUACGAUUUAAGGACAGAAAGUGAAUAUGAAAGCAGAAGAGGCAACCUAGUACCAGGUAGCGGUCUAGAUUCUAAAAAGGGUAGCAAGUACGAUCUAACAAGGGACACUGAAUACGAUAUGCAUAGAGACGGUGAGUUUGAUCUAGGACUUGAAAGCAAAUUUGAUUCGCGAAGAAACAGCGGGUUUGAUUCACGACUUGACAGUGACUUUGACCUAAGACAGGGUAGAGAGUUUGACCGAGAUCCAAGACCGGAAGAAGACUUUGAACCCGAGCAGGGGAGGGACUUUGAAUUGCACGAAAACAUUUACUGUCCGCCAGACACCGGUGACGACCUUGAAACUCGCGAUAGCGACCUUGAUGCCAGAAGCAGCGAGUUUGAACUGGUCCGCCGGGACCCGUACAGAAACCUUCGGGAGAGUGACUACGACCACAGGGGGUCCAACUUUGGCCGCCAAACGGACGACUUUGAGGGGUAUAACUUUGACGAGGGCAGGAACUAUGUGGACAGGGGGGAAAGUUUUGAGACGAGGACUGAACAGAGCGAGGUGGAAUCAGAAACAAGCAAUACCAUACCUAGUACGCACCGGCAGAUGGAGCCCUACCCCUACAGUCCUCACGGGAGUGAGAGUUAUCUGCACAGAGACGAGAGAGAUGUAGAUAGUUUAGAACGAGAGAGUAGGCCCUCGCUGGACACAGGAAGCGCUGGAAGUAGCCGCUACUCAUCACCGAGGGUCGGUCGGAGCAACCUGACCCUUGACCAGUACUCAGAGAGCUUACAGCAGUCGGACGAGCUCCUGGACCGGGGGGACCACGAUCUGGACCUGGAACUGCUGGAAGAGGAGGACGAGUUAAGAGACCUAGUACCUGCUAUGACCAUCGCACGCAUGAGAUGGCUCAACGCAUUCCAUAGAGUGCGCGAGCAAAUCAAAGAGGGAUAUUACGAUGGUGACAGUAGUAUGCGGUCAGGAAGGGUAGGCGGACUGUGGGCCAACUUAGCAAAUGGCGGCGAAUUUGCAGACACUAUAAACAACAACAACCAAGACAUUUCAGUCUCAAGACCCUUGAGGAGACGUAAAAACUUUCGCAUCCCAGCGAAUAAACUUCUGGAGAUUGACAUGGCUCCUGAACUAACCCCCUCCCGCAAGAUAUCAGCGUCGUUAGCUGUUAUGAAGCGGCAACAAAUGCCUUCGACAAUGGUCAACAGGCAGUCAUUGAAUGACGAAGAAUUGAAAAGCCACGUCUACAAGAAGACCCUACAAGCCCUGAUUUAUCCAAUUUCCAGCACCACGCCCCACAACUUCGAGAUCUGGACCGCCACCACGCCCACCUACUGCUACGAGUGUGAGGGACUGCUCUGGGGCAUCGCCCGCCAGGGGGUGCGCUGCUCAGAGUGCGGGGUCAAAUGUCACGAGAAGUGCAAAGACCUUCUGAAUGCCGACUGCUUACAGCUUUUCAUGACAAAGAAGAGCAGAGCGGCAGAGAAAAGCUCCAAGCAUGGUGCCGAGGACAAGACUCAAAACAUCAUCAUGGCUAUGAAAGAUAGGAUGAAGAUUCGGGAAAGGAACAAACCAGAAAUAUUUGAGAUGAUUCGGGAGGUUUUCAACACUCCGCCUCAGCCCCACUCAGGGCACAUGAAGGCGGUCAAGCAGUCGGUGCUGGACGGCACAUCCAAGUGGUCAGCCAAACUUGCCAUCACUGUGGUCAGCGCUCAGGGUCUCAUUGCCAAGGACAAGACUGGGACGAGCGACCCCUACGUCACUGUUCAGGUGGGCAAGGUCAAGAAACGGACGCGCACCGUUCAGCAGAACCUCAACCCCGAGUGGAACGAAAAGUUUUUCUUUGAGUGCCACAAUUCCUCAGACAGGAUCAAGGUCAGAGUAUGGGAUGAAGAUGAUGACCUGAAGUCCAAACUCAUGCAGAAGUUGACGAGAGAGUCAGAUGACUUUCUUGGCCAGACAAUCAUCGAAGUGAGGACAUUAAGCGGUGAAAUGGAUGUCUGGUAUAAUCUAGAGAAAAGAACAGACAAAUCAGCAGUCUCGGGUGCCAUCAGGUUGCAUAUAUCAGUGGAGAUAAAGGGAGAGGAGAAAGCAGUGGCCCCAUACCAUGUACAAUACACCUGUCUUCAUGAGAAUCUCUUCCACUUCUUGAGUAUGAAGGAAGGGGGCCAGGUAAAGCUUCCAUCGGCCAAGGGCGAUGAUGCCUGGAAGAUUUACUUUGACGAGACGGCCCAGGAAGUGGUGGAUGAGUUUGCCAUGAGAUACGGCAUCGAGUCCAUCUACCAAGCCAUGACACACUUUUCCUGUCUUUCAUCUAAGUACAUGUGCUCAGGCGUACCCGCCGUUAUGAGUACAUUACUAGCCAAUAUCAAUGCCUUCUACGCACACACCACAGCAUCCUCUGCGGUCUCUGCCAGUGACAGAUUCGCAGCCUCCAACUUCGGGAAAGAGAAGUUUGUACGCCUUCUCGAUCAACUUCACAAUUCAGUCCGGAUAGAUCUCAAUUCAUACAGAAAUAACUUCCCUGCUGAUACCGUAGACAGACUAGCUGAUCUCAAAUCCAUGGUGGACCUCUUAACCAGUAUUACAUUCUUCAGAAUGAAGGUGCAAGAGCAAGCCAGUCCACCUAGAGCUGCCUCAGUGGUCCUAGGGUGCGUCAAGGCCUGUCUACAAUCCACCUACGACUACAUCAGGGAUAACUGCUUUGAGCUGUACCAACGAGAGUUCCAACCGGAUCAACCCGUCAAGCAGCCCGACCCGGAAGACCCCAACGGGCCACGCAGCCUCGACUUCUGGACCAAGAUGAUAUCCCUCAUCGUCUCUGUCAUAGAAGAAGACAAGACUACCUACACCUCAGUGCUCAACCAGUUUCCCAAUGAGCUGAACGUGGGUGUACUAUCAGCUAGCAUGAUGUGGUGUGGCUUUGCCAAAGAUAUGAAGUCUGCUCUUGAAGAGCAUGACCAGCAGAGGUUAUGUACGAGUGCAGAAUACAUGAACCUUCAUUUCAAGGUGAAGUGGAUGUUCAACAAGUACGUGGAAGGAGUCACUGAAUACGAGAACAGGACACCAGAGUAUGCCAGCUGGUUUGAGCCGUUCGUCAUGCAGUGGCUGCGUGAGAACGAGGAACUGUCCAUGGAGUUCCUGCAUGGCGCCCUCGAGAGGGACGCCAAGGAGAACUUCCAGAAGAGCUCCGAGCAUGCUCGAUUCUCUUGCUCCGUGGUUGAUGUCUUCACCCAGAUCAACCAGAGCUUUGAUAUCAUUCGUCGUCUCGAGUGCCCGGACCCGGAGAUCGUCAAUAGAUACAUGAGGAAAUUUGCAAAUACUGUCAACAGAGUAUUACUUGCCUAUGCAGACAUUGUCACUGAGAAGUUUGCCCGCUACUGCAACAAGGAAGAAAUAUCCCUCCAAGCCUGCAUCCUCAUGAACAACAUCCAGCAGCUCAGGGUAUACCUGGAGAAGGUAUUUGAGUCGAUGGGAGGAGAGAAGCUAGACGCAGAGGCUGCAGACACUUUGAAGAAGCUCCAGGGCAGCCUCAACGAAGUCUUAGACCAACUCAGCAAAGUUUUCGCAAAGAGCUUUGUACCACGUCUUCACGAGGGUAUAGAGGGGCUGAGCGCCCAACUGGGUGAGAUCAGAGGUCAAGGUCAACCCAACCAGAGAAGCAACAAUGAAUCUGAUGCUGUCAUGGUACUCAGACCACUCAUGGAGAUCCUUGAUGGAAAUCUGUCAGUGUUGGCUCAGAACUGUGAGAAGACAGUAUGGAAGAGACUCCUCAAGGAGAUGUGGAAGAUCGUCAUCAGUACCGUGGAGAAGGUUGUCGUACUACCACCCAUGAGUGAUGUCUCGAUGAGUUCAAUUCUUGCCACACUCAAUCCAGCAUUAGCCAAGCUGCAAGGGCAUGGCGGAGAAACCAAGGACGUGAACAAGGAAGAAAACAAGAACCUGUCCCCCAAACAAUGUGCCGUUUUAGAAGUUGCUCUUGAUCAUAUCAAGGGUUCUUUCGCCCAUCCACAGCAAUACUUCCAUGGCUCCGGCAAUGGCCUCAAGCGCAACUUUCUGGAGAAGAGUCCGGAGCUUCAGUCGUUGCGGUACGCCCUCUCUCUCUACACCCAGACCACCGACAUGCUUAUCAAGACCUUUGUCCAGACGCAGAAUCAACAAGAUCAACCAAGUGGCAACCAGUCGUUUGGUGAGCUCUCCAUCCAGGUCGACCUCUUCACCCAUCCUGGCACAGGGGAACACAAGGUCAAUGUCAAAGUGGUUGCCUGCAAUGGAUUGAAAUGGAACACGACAAGUAUGUUCCGACCGUUUGUAGAAGUCUACAUGAUUGGACCACAUCUCAGCGAUAAAAGACGCAAACAUUCCACCAAGUCCAAGGCCAACAACUGGGCACCCAAAUACAACGAGACCUUCCAAUUCAUCCUAGGUAACGAGGAUGAGCCCAUCUCUUAUGAGCUUCACUUCUGCGUGAAGGACUACUGCUUCGCCAGGGAAGACCACCUCAUCGGGAUUGGCGUACUUCAGCUCCACACCAUCGUGGAAUGCGGCAGCUGUGCCUGCGUGUGUACGUUAGGACGCAAGCUGCACGUCAACGACACGGGUGGGACUAUCUUACGCAUCCUAUCCCAGCGAACGAAUGACGAGGUGGCGCGGGAGUUCGUUCGACUCAAGUCAGAGAGGAGAUCGGAGGGUGGCGAUCAGGGAAGAAGCUGAUGAGGCCGUAGGGGAUCUAUUGUCAUAUUUUGAAAGAGUACCUCAUUUCUCUAUUGUGUUUUUUUUCCUUUGAAGGGGUUUUGCAUUCCUCUUUUAAAUCUAAGUGCCUGAGUGUGUUCAAUUGAAUGUGCAAUUUGUGCAUGUUAUAUUUAACACUUUAUUGACUAUUUAAUUGUUCACGUAUAAGAAUAUUUGACACAAUUCGAGACCAGACACAGUUUUUAACUUAACUUUAAAGAUGAAAUAAUUUCCCACUUUUCUGCUCAUGAGUUAAUGGGUAAUGUAACACUGGCUACUUAGUACCCAUUAGAUGACAAAAAAUGGGCUUUUAUCACGCAUUUCUUGUUCCUUUUCCAACUCAGUACUUGUUUGUAUCCACAAUCAAAGAGUAUUAAUUCACCAUGUAAUAAUUUGUACUUCAGUAAAUAAAUAAUAAUUUCCCUCAUUUGUACUAGCUUGUAAAUGUCAUUAUAUUGUGACUCCAUUUGUACAAACUUUCUAUCUAGAAUUAAUGCAAAAAUUAUUGUUAUUGAUAAAUUGUGCUAUGUUUGAUUUGAAAUGUAACUUUUGUUGUUUUUUGUUUGAUCUAUUGUUUGGCAUGUUGUAUGUACAUAUUUUUUCACAUUCAGAUUUAGAUAUUAAAAAGUGAUAUUUUCCAAUUUCAGCAUUCCUUGUUUUGUAGCAAUUGAAAAUUACAAUUUUCUCUUAAAGAUUUGGAUGGUUUGUGUCUGUGUGGUCGAAAGGUGAUGGCUUUUGUUUGUAUUCAUUGUAUUCCAAUUAAAGAAACAAUAGAUUUUAUUUUCUAGAUUUCACUAUAUAAAGCUUAUGGUUAUAUUGUAGUAACAGAAGAAACAAAUUCUUAUCCCAAAGAAGAGAAAUAUAGACAAGUUUUAUUUGUUUUUGUGCAAGUAUAGCAGUAUUUUAAUGCAGAUAUACCUAUGUAGCUAUUCAGAUGUUUAUAAGAAAGUACUGCAUUUUGAUGUAAGACAGAUUAGGCAUAAUGUUGGGACUUGCAAAGAAGCUUUGUCGGCAAUUUUUGUACAGUUUUUGUAUACAUGUGUACUUGUUUGUGAGGAAGAAUACCCUAUUUUUAGGGGGUUUGAAGAUAACUUGCCUUUUUUGUGUGCUGUUAGCAUGUAUUUGACAAAAAGAAAGUGUAUGCCAGAAAGAGCUAUAUUACAUUUCACAAAUGACAAAAUUUAUUGAUAUGUAAAUAUGUAUGUGUAUAUAUCUAUAUCAUGUUGCAAUAUUAAUCCACUCAUUCGGAAUAUUUAGGUGCUAUUGUAUAAAUCACUGACUUUCAUAAAUAUUUCCCAUUGAACAAUCCAAGGACAACACUUAGCACAAGGGUAUAGACAACCAACGUAAUUGUUUUGUUUGAGUGUAGUCAUGACAACCAUUUGCAAACCCCUAAAAAGUGAGCAGUGAAGAAAAUUUGUAUUCCUCUAUAUUUAUAUUGUUAGGAAAAUGUCUUUCAGUGUUUCUGUAUGCUUUGAUCCGGUCAUUUUAGGCUCUCUUUAAACAUGGGAUAAAAUAAUACAUUAUACAUGCAAGUAGGUGUGACUGCUUGCAAAGUAAAGUCAAUACAGACACAAAAUUCAGCAUAAUAAUAUAUCUUCAAUUUUUCAUGUGCACGAGAUUUAGACUGGGGAACACAUGUCAAGUUGAUUUGAAGUUUCUUUUUAACCACUUUCCGCAGACAUAUUUUUCACUUUAAUAGCCAUAGGGCAUCUUCGCAGAAAAUUAUUUUUUAAUUUCACUUUGAAAUCUAAACACCCAAUUUUUUAAAUUUUAAUGAGAAGCUUUGUUUCAGAAUUGCUUGGAUUAUCACUAUCCUUCUUGUGUUUGCAAAUGGUUGUUAUUCUUCACAACUUUCAAGGAUAUUAAAUUGGACUUAUGAAGUCCCAUCCUCUUUAAUGACAAAGAAUAAUUGUUAACCACUUAGGGUACAGUUUACAUUUCUUUAGACUAAAGCAAAAACAAACCUGACUAUCAUGAGCAGCAACAAAGCAAAUUAUGAUUCCUCAAAUGACUUUUUGGAGCCAAUGGUUUUUUUUUAAUUCUCACAAACUCACCCCAAGCUUGAAGAAAACAAAAAAAAAGCAAAGUAAUGCUUUUUCACAGUAAAUUACAUUUUAUAUGAAACUUGCCAAUUAUUUUGUUUGUAUAUUAUGAUAGAUUACUGAAAAAUUUAGGA